AGUUAGCAGAGUUUUAGUGAAACAGCUCGCAGAUGCAAGCCCGGAAGCCGAGGGAGGGAGCAAGGCUGGGCUUAAGAACCUGCUACUGGGAUUUAGACAAAGGCGUUUUGAGAGAGGCAGAGAACCAGGCGGGAUCAGUUGCUAAUAUCAGCAUGGGGACAGAGCCUGCAGCUGGCCUCCCGGCAUGAAACGGAAUAAAUUCCCAGCGUCUCCUUCAGGGUACAAAUGGCUGGAGCAUGUACCAAAAUAAGAACUCAGAGGAAAAAGUAAGUUUGGGAAAAGACUUACAGAUUUCCACCGUCUUUGAAAUCUUGCUCUUCUGUGAGGCAUGUCUUCAUCGAUGCGUUACCUUUUUAUAGUUUCUGUCUCUUGCGUCAUAAUUUUUAUCGUGUUCUAUGUGUUCAUAUUUGGGGGAGAGCAAAGCUUCCCGAGGCUGAAUAAUUCGGACACUCUGAUGCUGACUCAAGUUUGCGCAUCCUUUAUCAAAGGCAAAACACCUUUCCUGUGGCGAGACAAACUAAUGCUGUAUCAGAAGUCUUCUUGCAGAGAAUACCUGACCCAGAGCCACUACAUCACGGCCCCGUUAUCCGAAGAAGAGGCUGGGUUCCCUUUGGCAUAUAUAAUGGUCAUCCAUCACAAUUUUGAUACCUUUGAAAGGCUCUUCAGAGCUAUCUACAUGCCCCAAAAUGUCUACUGCGUUCAUGUGGACGAGAAGGCCACAGCUGCCUUUAAAGGUGCAGUGGAGCAAUUGCUGAGCUGCUUCCCAAAUGCCUUUCUGGCUUCCAAGAUGGAGCCGGUUGUCUAUGGCGGGAUCUCCAGGCUCCAGGCGGACCUGAACUGCAUCAGAGACCUGGUGGCCUCCGAGGUCCCAUGGAAGUACUCCAUCAACACCUGUGGGCAAGAUUUCCCCCUGAAAACCAACAAGGAAAUAGUUCAGUAUCUGAAAGGAUUCAAAGGGAAAAACAUUACCCCGGGCGUGCUGCCUCCGGCGCAUGCCAUUGGGCGGACUAAAUACGUCCACCGAGAGCAUCUGGGCAAAGAGCUUUCCUAUGUGAUCAGAACCCCAGCUCUGAAGCCGCCUCCCCCCCAUAACCUCACCAUUUACUUUGGCUCUGCCUAUGUGGCUCUGUCAAGAGAAUUUUCCAACUUUGUUCUCCGUGACCCACGGGCUGUUGAUCUGCUCCAGUGGUCCAAGGACACUUUCAGUCCUGAUGAGCAUUUCUGGGUGACGCUCAAUAGGAUUCCAGGUGUGUAAACUCCAGCCACUGGAUCAUGUAAAAAGGGCCACUGACCUAGAUAUGCACACUACGAAAUUAUUUCCUAGGUCCUGGCCCUGUUUUUAACUAGCUGUUUGACCUUGGGCAGCCACUCAAACCUCUCUGGGUCUUAGUUCCCUCUGUAAAGUGAGGAAUUUUGGCUAGGUGAUCUCAAAAGCAGUAUUUUGCUUUAACUCUGGAGCAUGCAAUGGAAGGAGCAAAAAUUUUAGAGACAGACAGACUUAGGUUGCAUCUGCCUGCUGUGUGAUCUUGAGCAAUUACCUUUUCCUACAUGGGCUUCAGUUUACUCGUCUAUAAAGUAGAGACAAUAUCAACUUCCGGAGAUUGUGACAAGACAAUGGAGGUACACCUCACAGCUCAGCCAUUGUGAAUUCUAUUACCAUCUCCAUCCCUCCCCCUCUCCCUCUCUAUGGUGUAUUAGUGCCAUCACUUUCCUAUUUAUAUUGCACCGUGACUAGUAAAAUUAAUAGAACAGUGGACUCUGGGCAAUGACUUUCUUUCUUUGUCAAGGUUACUAUGUCCAUGUCUGGAUGCCAGCUGCCACUGCUGCCAUGACUUAGAACUCAGACCAGUCUCCAUAGGCAGUGUGUGGAGGUGAUUUUUGUGCUCAAAAGUUCUGAUCAAAUGAGUAAAUUGGGUACUGGCUACUUAUACACUAUCCCCACUAGUCUGCUUGUCAAAUGUAGCGCAUUAGCUCUCAUUUCUAGAGAGUGUUUUCUGGGUGUGCCCAUAAGUGUUGAGCUAGACUAAGGCUAAUGUAGCAUAUCAACUGUGGGUGAGGGACAAGGGCCCCUGGAGCCAGACCAGUUGGCUUCACAUCUUUUCAGGUUCCAAGUGUAUAUGAUUUGAAGCAAAUUACAAUAUGUAAUCUCUCUGAAUUUCAGUUUCGGCAUUUGUAAAAUGGGGAUGGUAAUAGUACCUACAAUUGUAACCCAAUUAUGUGUAUUAAAAUAUAUCAAGUGCCUAGAUUGGUGCAUGG